UGAACUGUCUAUAGUUUACAUACAAGUCAUUGCUCAUUUCAAAUUUAGAUCGUUUUGAAUUCGUUUAUGUUUAAAAUAAAAUAAGCCAUAGAGUAUCGCAUAUACCGGUCUGUCCCUUAUUCAUCUAAGAAAAAAACUCCCUAAUAACUAAGGCAAUCUUUAAAUUGUUUUAAAAAAUGCCGCCCCACGGUUCUGGAAAAUGUUGCGGCGACUCCAGUCACCAGCAUGAAGAGCCUGAGAAAGGGAUUCAGUAUAGUUUAUAUACCAAAAUAAAUAUGAGCGAUUUGGAAUGUUUAAAUGAGUCAGUGGAAGGAUCCGGAAAGACUGUUUUUAAACCUUGGGAAGAAAGGUUGGAGCGGACUAGGUUUGUUGAGUCAGAUGUAGAUGAAGAACUCCUGUUCAACAUUCCAUUCACAGGCAACAUUAAGCUGAAGGGAAUAAUUGUGAUUGGAGAAAACACAGAUUCAUAUCCUUCAAAAAUGAGACUAUUUAAAAACAGACCAUUUAUGACUUUUGAUGACACAUCAGCUGCACCAGACCAAGAGUUUGAGUUACAAAAAGACACAGAGGGAGAAUUAGAAUAUGCCACCAAGGUAACUAUCUUCAGCAAUGUGAACCACUUGUCUAUUCAUUUUCCUGGAAACUUUGGAGAUGAACACACAAAAAUAAAUUAUAUUGGACUGAAGGGGGAAUUUUCAGAAGCCCAUAGGCAUGGAGUGACUAUUUGCAAUUAUGAGUUGAGACCUAAUGUUGCUGAUCAUGCUAAAACUAUGGAUAAUGUUAGUAGGGAAAUUUCUUAAGUUAUGAUAGCUUGCCCGAAAGUGUUUUACAAGAUAUUAAUAACAAUUUGCAUUAUUUUUUUGGUAAGAUCUUCAUUAACAUGUAGAUAAUAUGUUAACUUAUUCAUUCUAUUAACAAUUUAGUAUAUUUAAGCAGCAGGUUGAAAAUACAGGUACAGAGCAUUUAAGAACUACUAAAUGUGACCUUUUUAAGGCUGCCAAUCAAGGUUGCAGGAAAUCAUGUUUGUUUUUGAAUAAAAAUGUUUCUUUUUAUUGAA